CCAAGGGCUAACCAAUUUUACCAUCGGGAACGCCAUAACUUAACUUUGCGGAACGUUUACUUUGUUUUGCCGAAACAGCAAGGUCAUAAUGACAGACGCGACAGAGCUUUGUUGGGAACUACAAGGUUUACAGUAGCGGAAAGUCUAUUUAGGAAUGGGUGCAGGGUGUUCAACGUCACGAAGUGUUCAGGUCGCACCAGCACCGGACGAAAAGGAUGAUGCCUCAGGCAACAUCAAGGUUAUACCUGGGCCAGACCAACUUCUCGCUAAUAACAAGCUACCCAAGCUUGAGAAUUGGGUACCUGAACCAAUAUCGGCACCACCGUCGCCAAUACCAGCUGGAAGAAAGCAGAAACUCGUGUUAGAUGACGCUCCUCAAGUCUCCUGGCCACCCCAUCUAGCCACAGUCACCAAAGGCAUCUCCCUUCGCGGACUGCGCAAAGUUCGCGAGGCCCUCCGAAAACACUUUGGCGAGAAGCGCUACCCGAGCGUCACCACCGCUGACGUCUGCUCCAAAUGGGUCAAACCCAUAACUGCGGCGGCUGGGAAGUGCAGGCUUGUGGAAGUACCCGGGCUGCUGACUCACGCAGGAGGUGGUUCCGGAGCAGGAGGGGCGGGAGCAGGAGGAGGAGGAGCAGGCGGGGAGGGGGAGGAUGUUGGAGUGCCUCAGUACUUCAUUUCGCACGCCUGGUCCAACAGCAUCGAGCUGCUGUUCCGCAAGGUGUUUGACUUCCUGUCCUCCGCCGACGAGUGCACGCGCGUGUGGCUGGACGUGCUGGCGGUAUGCCAGCACGAGGACAUGCCGCCACACCGCCACGACAUUGCCGCCUUUGCGGAUGUGGUGGCGGCGUGCAGCGGGGGCACCCUGGUGGUGAUGGACCUCACACGUUGCAACCCCUCCACCCGCGCCUGGUGCAUCUUCGAGUGGGCUCACACCCUUGCUGCCCACGGCCCCGACGGGCUGCACAUGCAGCUGGCGCCCCUGGAGCGGGCGGCGGUGUUCCGCGACCUGGAUGUGGAGCGGGCGGAGUGCUUCCGAGCGGCGGACAAGGAGAUGAUCAUGCGGGAGGUUCGGCGGCAGCACGGCUCCUCCGCCGCCUUCAACUCCAAGCUGAAGCUGCAGCUGCUGCUGGAGCCGCUGAGCUACCGAGUGGACCUGCGGCGGCUGCAGCAGCGGAGCCGGGACACGGAGUGGCAGUGGGGGCCGGUGGAGGAGUGGAUGCAGGGGGGAGGAGUGGCGGGAGGAGGAGGAGGGGGAGGCAGUCGGGCGCUGUGUGUGGUGUCGGGAGCGGGCGAGGGCAAGAGCACCAUCUCGGCUGAGCUCAUCCGCCGCCUCACACCCCCACCCCCACCACCUCCGUCAACCUCCUCUCCCGCUUCCGGGGAAGACGCAGCCGCCACCCCCAACCCCGCUAAUCCCAACACCGCCUCCACCUCCACCCCCACCACCAUCUCCUCCCCCACCUCUGCUGCCUCUGCCUCCACUGCUGCUGCCUCUGCCUCUGGCGGUGUGGUGUCCGCCUACCACUUCCUAAAGUACAACGACCAGCGGCGGCUGGAGCCGGUGCGCAUCGUGAAGAGCCUGGCAUUCCAGCUGGCGUCCAGGCUCCCCUCCGUGUGCGCCUGCCUGCUGGAGUGUGAUGUGGCGGCGGUGGCGCAGAUGACGGAGGUGGGCCGGGCGUUCGAGGAGCUGCUGCUGCGGCCGAUGAUGGCGGCGGAGGCGGCAGGGGAGGAGGGGGGGCAGCAGGUGCUCAUCAUCCUCGACGCGCUAGACGAAGCCGACCCAGCCCCCUCCCUUUCCUCCUCCACCUCCUCCUCCUCCUCCUCUCCUUCAUCCCCCGCCUCCCCCGCCUCAUCCCAGCCCCGCUACCCCGUCCUCUGCGGGAACCGUGCCCUCCAGCUGCUAGCACACCACCUGCAGCGGCUGCCCCCCCGGCGUGUGCGGUUCUUUCUGACCACCCGGCCCGACGCGGCGGGGGGGCGGGUGGUUGCAUGCCUGGACAGGACGUUUCGGGAGCAGGGCGGGGCGGUAUACCUGCGGCCCUCUCAGUUGGUGCGAGGAGGAGGAGGAGGAGGGGGAGGGGAAGGGGGUGGGGGUAAUGGAGGUGGAGGAGGAGGAGGAGGCGUGCUGGUGUAUUUGACGGUGAUGAAGGCAUGCCUGGGAGAGGGUGAGGAGGAGGAGAAGGAGGAAGGAGAGGAGGGCAAGGCGGAUGGGGCUGCUGCUACGGAGGGGCCUGCGGCAGGAGAAGGAGGAGGAGGACAUACAGCGCCAGCAGCAGCCGCAGGAGGAGGAGGAGCUACAGAAACCGCCCCACCUGCAGCUGCUCCCACCAUUGCUGCCACAGCAGCUGCAGCAUUCACAGCGGCAUCAGCAGCAACCCCGCCCACCACCCCUCGUGCUCGUCCCUCCUCCCCCGCCCGCGCCACCACAAACGGCACUGCCCACGCUUCCCCCUUCUCCCCCGUCCGCGGCACCACCCGCCUCCUCGCCCUCGUCACGGGCGGCUAUCCCUCCCUCCGCAAAAUCCUAAACACCGCCGCCGCAGCCGCCGCCUUCGCCUCCGCUUCCGGCAACUACCCCUCCCAACCCCAACCCCAUGCACCGGAUCUCGCCGCGCUACACGAAGUGUACGGCAAAGUGUUUCGUCGCGCGUACGACACCUACUCAUCCUCCGAGCGAUCCGCGGUCUGCCGGCUGCUGGAGGUGCUGUUGGCGGCGCAGGAGCCCUUGCCGCAGUCCUUGGUGGCUGCUCUGGGGCUUGGUGGAGCGGUGGGGCUACUGCCCGGGUGGGGUGUGUUGUUUUACGUGGACGAGCAUCACCUGUUUACGUUGCAUAAGAGCCUGGCGGAUUGGUUGUUGCUGGAUGCGGCGACCGGGUCAGGGAGCGCCGCUGCUGCUGCUGCUGCCUCCUCAUCAUCGGCAGCUCCUGCGGCUGCACAAGGGGUUGGUGGAGGGGCAGCCACACACGCCCCUGCGGGGGGUGCGGGGUUGCAAUACACACACGAUCAGCGUCCGUCUACUCCCAGCGGGGGCGGAGGGCGCAGCAUCUUCUCUCGCUUCCAUGGGGGAGGAACAGGAGGAGGAGGUGGAGGUGCUGGCAGGGAGGUGGUGAGGGCUGCGGAGGCUGCUGCUGCUGCUAACCCUGCGCAACCCCGCAGCUGCUUCUCCCUUGACCUGUGCAAGGGCCACCUGAUGCUGGGUCGCUACCUGGCCUCCACCCGCCUCUCCUCCCCCUCCCCCUACUGCCUCAAAUACCUCGUCGCCCACCUCGCCUCAGCCGGACCCCCCGCCUCGCCACUCCUAGACGACGUGCUCGCGGGUUUUGCAUUCGUACAAGCCGCCUUCGCAGCAGGUUUCGGAGCGCACAUAAUCCGCGCCCUGGGCUUCAUGUCCCAUGCAACCCGUCUUUCCCGCGACGUGCUACGCUGGCUACGUGCCAAGCAGCAUGACAUUGCAGCCAGCCCAACUCUCGAAACGGUGGUUGGUACGGCACUCAUGAGCCCCACUCGUACCGAGCUGUACAAGGCGGCGUUAAAUGCGAGCAGGCAGUCGGGUGGCGGGUGGAUGACCCGCGGGUCGGUGCCCCCCUAUGAGGUGUGGCCUGCGGACUUGGCGGUGUUGAAGGGACAUGCGGGCGGCGUGACGGCGGUGUUGUUCAGUCCGGAUGGGCGGCAGCUGGUGUCGAGCAGUGGCGGGGGGUGCGAGCUGAGGGUGUGGGACAUCAGCACGGGGAGCUGCGGGGCAGUGCUGCAGGGUCACACCGCGGAUGUGACCUGCCUCGCCAUGAGCCCCGACGGCACCCUCAUUGCAAGCGGCAGCUCCGACAUGACUUGCAGGCUGUGGGACGCUGCCACGGGUCAGUGCACCGGCCUGCUGCUGGGCCACACGGGCGGCGUGACGGGGCUGUCCUUCUCCCCCCCGCUGCGGGGAGCUCCCCCGCUGAGGCUGGUGACCAGCUCCUCCGACAACACACUGCGCAUCUGGGUCGGGG